AAAGUCACGUGAUCAGCUUUGACGCCGACACAUGUUUGGAUAUUGACAACAAAAAUGGGUGAUCAUCAUGACCUGCCUUUCAAAGCAGAAUAUGCAAAAAGUGGUAGAUCGUCUUGUAAAGCAUGCAAGUCCAACAUUGGGCAGGGUUCUCUGAGACUGGCCGUUAUGGUUCAGUCACCAGUCUUUGAUGGGAAGAUUCCAAACUGGUUCCAUCAGGCCUGUUUUUGGAAGAGAGCUAAGGUUGCAACCAUCGGAGAUAUCCAUGGCUUUGAUGCAUUGCGAUGGGAAGAUCAGGAGAAAUUGAAGGAAAAAGUUGGAGGAGGUGGGGGAGGGGGUACAGGAGAAGAUGCUGUAGAUGGGGGCUCAGACGCCGGAGACUUCAGCGUAGAGUACGCCAAAAGUGGGAAAAGUAAAUGCAAGGCCUGCGAAGACUUCAUUGGAAAGGAUCAAGUCAGGAUUGGUAAAAAAGACUAUGAGAGUCACCGAGCCAAAAUGUAUGGGCCUGUGGACCAAUGGCACCAUGUGGAUUGUUUUGUGGAGAAACGGGAUGAGUUAGAGUUUGGAAGUGAUUUAGGAGCCAAUCAAAUCAAAGGUUUUGAUAGAUUAAAGGAUGAUGACAAAGAAAUGUUGAUAGAAAAAUUAGGAAAAGGAACAAAAGGAAAGAAGAGAAAAGGGGAAUCGGCCAAAGGUGCAGGAGGGAAAAAAGCCAAGAAAGAAGAAACAGAGGAGGAAAAGAAACUCAAGGAGCAAAGUAAAUUGCUGUGGCAAUUCCGAGAUGAUUUGGAGAAAUCUGUAUCCAAGCAAGCCUUGAAAAUCCUUCUUGAGUUGAAUAAUCAAACAGUCCCAGCUGGAGAUUCCAAAUUGUUAGAUGCUGUGUCAGAUUGUAUGGUGUUUGGAGCUUUGGAGAAGUGUCCCGAGUGUAAAGAGGGCCAGCUGGUUUACAGCGGACAUGGUUACAAAUGUACUGGCAGUGUAACAGAAUGGACAAAAUGUAUGUACAUCACCAAAAUACCCAAAAGGAAGGCAUUUAAAGUACCAAAGGAAUACCAUGAUGUUGAUUGUUUGAAAAAGUACAAGUAUACAAAGAGAGAGCGUCUAUUUCCAGCCAACGCACCAUCAUCUAGUGCCUCUUUGGACACUGUUGAUUCUGGAGGGUCGAACAAACCCUUGGAAGGCAUGAAAUUUGUGAUUGUGGGAAAAACCAGCAAGUCCAAAGGAGACAUAACGAAGGAGAUAAUGGAGCUUGGGGGACAUAUUGCAUCCAAAAUAGGGGCAGACACUGCGGCCUGCAUCAGUACUAAAGAGGAAGUGGCUAAGAAGUCAAAAGGAAUUAAGGAUGCAGAGAAAGCAAAUAUACAGGUUGUCGAUGAAGGCUUUUUGGAUGCAGUGAAAAAGGGUGGAGCAGUUUUACUGAUACAGAGUCACAACAUGGUGUCCUGGGGCGCUGAUCCGUCAAGCAGAAUUACCCUCUCAGGAACAAAGAGUGUAGGAAAAAGCAUGGCAAAGAGCCUCAAAGAUGAGCAAUUGUUCACAAAGAGUGUGCCUUCCACAAUGAAGAUGAAGGUAAAAGGCGGAGCAGCAGUAGAUCCAGAUUCAGGAAUGGAGGACACUGCCCAUAUUGUUCAGAAGAAUGGAGAAAUUUUCAACGUUGUUCUUGGUUUGGUGGAUGUUGUCAGGGGAACAAACUCUUUUUACAAACUGCAAGCCUUGGAAAAAGAUAGUGGCUCAGGGUGGUGGCUGUUCCGUGCAUGGGGAAGAGUUGGUACCACCAUUGGUGGGAACAAAGUGGAGCGGUAUGGUAGUGUAGACACAUUACUGGAAGGCUUUAAACAGCUCUAUGCUGAAAAGACAGGGAAUGAAUGGCGCGACAGGAAAAACUUCAAAAAAUAUCCCAACAAGUUCUAUCCAUUGGAUAUAGAUUACGGCCAGGAAGAUGAUGAAGCUAUCAAGAAGCUGGACAAGAAAAGCUCUAGAUCAAAGUUGCCAAAAGCAGUGCAGGAUUUAGUGUGCUUAAUAUUUGAUGUGGAGAGUAUGAAAAAGGCCAUGAUGGAAUUUGAGAUUGAUUUGAAAAAGAUGCCACUGGGUAAACUUUCAAAGAAGCAGAUCACCUCUGCUUAUGGUGUAUUGACAGAGUUAACAAAGUUACUAGAGAAGGGUGGUACAGAGACACAGUUUUUGGACUGCACAAAUCGAUUCUACACACUCGUUCCUCAUGACUUUGGAUUGAAGAAACCUCCUCUUCUGAAAUCUGCAGAUGUAAUUAAGGCAAAAACAGAGAUGUUGGAUAACCUCCUGGAGAUAGAAGUAGCCUACAGUAUGCUGAAGGGAGGUGAUGAAGGCGAAGACCCCAUUGAUGCUCACUACAAGAAGCUUAAAACAGAGAUGGAGCCUUUGGAUAAAUCUUCAGAAGAAUUUCAGAGGCUCUGUGAUUAUGUCAAAAAUACUCAUGCCUCUACUCAUCAACAGUACGACCUGGUUGUGGAAGAGGUAUUUAAGAUUGAGAGAGAGGAGGAGGCAGAUCGCUAUGCUCCAUUUAAGGACUUGCACAACAGACAACUGCUUUGGCACGGAUCUCGAACCACCAACUUUGCAGGAAUUCUCUCACAGGGUCUGAGAAUAGCCCCACCAGAGGCCCCAGUGACUGGAUACAUGUUUGGAAAAGGCAUAUACUUUGCAGACAUGGUAUCCAAGAGCGCAAACUACUGUCGGACUUCAAAGAUGGAUCCCACCGGUCUGAUGCUUCUGUGUGAGGUAGCUCUGGGUAACAUGUAUGAGAGACCACAUUCAGAUUACAUAGAGAAAUUACCCAAAGGAAAGCAUAGCUGUAAAGGCAUGGGAAUGACCUGUCCAGACCCUAAAGGAGCAUACACAACACCAGAUGGUGUUGUUAUACCGAUGGGAAAAAGCACCAAUUCCACCAGUGGCCACACAAGUCUUCUGUACAAUGAAUUCAUUGUGUAUGAUGUGGCACAGGUCAACAUGAAGUAUCUUCUCCGAAUGGACUUCAAGCACAAAUGGUGAUAUUGCAGGCUUGGAUGAUGCAGAAGUAACAAAUGUUUAGUCACACUUUGUGAAAUACCGGUACAUGUGUGUUUACUGUGUAUGUGAAUCAACAGAUGAUUCCUGUUGGGACUAGCACCUGCUUCAUUGUGUUGUAGGAACUGUGUAGAUACAUAGGAUUCAAGGUUGUAGAAACUUAAUUUACUCUGCAGCACAAGAAAAAGUGUUCUGUGAGAGGACAGUGUGUGUAGGGAACUUCAAAUCACUGCUGGUACAUGUACUUCUUUGCAUGGUGUGAGGACUAGGACUAGAAAUCUGUGAUGAAAUGUACUUUACUUCCUUACAUGUACCAAGAACGUUUACCUUUGACAAUAUUUCUACCAAAUCUUUUUGAAUACAAAUGUACAAUAACAUGCAUUUGUAUCAAAAGCACUCGUUGUAUUAAGUUUUGUUUUUGGUUAGAGCGUGCUUGUGUAUAGCCUUUUUCCUCUGUUACUGGAUAAAUGAAUUCCUUAUAAUGAC